CAGAAUCGGAUCUGUCGAAAGAGAAUCAGGGAUAAAGAUCUUGAUUUCGAACGUUUCGAAGCGGCCGAUUUUAGGGUUUUGAGCACCUAACUCAACCCGAUUCUGAAUUUUGAACCCUUAACGCACCGUAAGGACGAAUCCCGGUUCACUUCCCCCAGUCGGAGUUGUCGGACAGUCUCCUCCCCACCACACUUGCCAGAAAUGGAAACAUCUUACAUUUCUGCAACUCCGUUUCCAUGUCGAUUUGGAUUUCGGAUUCUUCCACGAGCAUCGGCAUCGGCAUCCCUUCUUCGACGCUGGUAUCCUCCUUCUAGUCUGCGCUGUUUUGCCUCCUGCGAUCAGCAAUCCCUAAAUAUGGAUAGGAAGAUGCUUAUAAUGGGCAUGGGUUUUGUCGGACAGUUUUUCGCGCACCAACUCGAACAAGAUGGAUGGGAGGUUUCUGGGACUUGCACUAGUGCGACUAAGAAGAAGAAGCUGGAGGAGAUGGGAUUCGAUGCACUCCUUUUCAGCUCAGAUGACCAUGACCUAGACCUCGGAAGCAUACUUCCUCUCGAAUAUGCUACUCAUAUGCUUGUCUCGGUUCCUCCUGUUGCUGGUCUUGGUGAUCCAGUGCUUUACCGACAUCAACACCUUCUACAGAGUAGACUAAUCUGUGGAAAUCUUCAAUGGUUGUGCUACCUGUCAUCAACAAGUGUUUAUGGAGAUUGUGGUGGUGCAUGGGUAAAUGAGGAUUAUCCACUGAAUAAUCUAACUGAAUCAGCUAAAGCAAGGUUGGCUGCUGAGGAUGGAUGGUUGGAUCUGGGCCAUUCUCUUGGGGUUUCAGUGCAAGUAAUGCGGCUUGGGGGUAUCUAUGGUCCUGGCAGAAGUGCUUUGGAUACCAUAAUCAAGCAGGAUUCUCUAACAGCAGGGCAGAGGAUGAGGGAGACCAGGAAAUACACAUCACGAGUUCAUGUGGCUGACAUUUGUCAAGCACUGAAAGCCAGUAUCAACAAGCCAUCAUUGGGGAAAAUAUACAAUGUUGUUGAUGAUGACCCAGCCCCUCGUGAGGAGGUGUUCACAUUUGCACGGACCUUGGUCCAGGAAAAAUGGCCUGACCAUAUUAAGCAGGGUACUUUGCCUGAUGAUGGAGAAUCAGUUAUCCAGAAGAAAAUAACAAGGGGAGAGAAACGAGUUCGCAAUGAUCGUAUGAAGAAUGAACUAGGAGUAAGGCUACUUCAUCCAACUUAUAAAUCAGGACUGCAGAGUAUUAUUGAAUCUAUGGACUGCCCGUUUGAGUCGAGAUGAACACAUAAUCUCUAUCAUUUCUCUUUUUUUUUGGGGAAUUAAUCUUUUUUUUCGGGGGAUGUGUAGUUUACGGUUAUGGGUUGGUAAAUCUGUGUAUUUGUCGUAUGUCAAAGUUCUGCUCCAAUUUCAAUCACAUGCCGUUCCAUUAACGUCAUGAAUUCUCUCA